UACUGCGGCCGGGUAGGCAGUCUCGCCGGGCACGGCUGCGCGCGGGCUGCCUCCCCAACGCCUAGCUCACUCCUCUCCUCCAACAAGUACAGCACGUGGGAGCUGCUGCUGGCCGCGGCCGCGAGGGGCGCCGCCGUCGUGAUCUCGACGCACUACACCGAGGAGGCCACUAGGGCGGACACGGUCGGGUUGCUGCGUGACGGGCGCAUGGUGGUCGAGGACAGCCCCGCCGCCAUCCUGGAGACGCACGGCGGCCAUGACCCGGACGCGCGCCUGGAGGAGGCCGUGCUAUGCCUGUGCGUGUCCCUGUCCCGCGGCCGGGCAGCCGUCCCUGAGCGACACGCUCGGCACGUACUCGAAGACCCGCCUCGGCACCUACAGCAUGGAGAACAUUACGGCCCACUGCGCGUCGCGGACAAACUGGUCGCACUGUUGUGGAAGGACGCCAUCUAUCUGCGACGGCAUUGGGCGGGGCUGGCCGCGCAGGCACUCUUCUUCGUGCUCAUCACGCUGCUGGCGUGUGUCGUCCUGGGGCACUGGCCCCGCGGCCUCCGCGUCGACGUCGUCAGCGAGGAGGCCAACUGCACGGAGACUUUGGACGCGCCCGGAGACCCGCUGAGUUGUGCCGUCCUUAGGGCGCUGCCUCUCCGUGGCCUACAUCCGGUCCUCCAGACCGACGUCCUCUCCGCCGAGCAGGCGGUGCGCUCUGGUGUGUCCUGGGGCGUGCUGCGCUUCGGCGUCAACUUUACCCUCGCAUUCGUGGACCGUGUCGUCCACCAGCGCGACGCCGAUGACGUCCUCCGGGCUAGCGAGGUCGAGGCUCGCCUCGACACGACAGAUUUUGUAAUGAGCAACAUGAUCACGAGACGUUUGGUCAGCAUUGUGACCGAUUUGGUGUCCAGUCUAAACCCCAGUAUGUCUAAUUUCAUCAAGUUCGAGGAUCCCGUCUUCGGCCACGCCGAGCCCGAGUACACGGAGACCCUCAUGCCCGGCGUCCUCCUGGGGUACAUGACGACGUUCGCGGCCUCCCUCAUCAUGUCCACCCUGCUCACGGAGAAGGCGGACAGGUUCAUGGAGCGCACGCUGGUGUCGGGCGUGCGCGUGUGGGAGCUCAUGGGCUGCUGGGUGGUGGUGCUGGUGCCCGUGGUGCUCGCCGUCAACCUGGUGAGCCACCUGCUCGUCUUCGGGCCCAUGGCCGUCCCGUGCGCCGGCCGCCCCGCGCACAUGUACCUGCUCUGCUCCGCGCUGUGCGUCAUGACCAUGUUGGCCGGUCUUCUAUUUGCCUCCGUCUUCGACAACUAUAUCGCAGCGAUCCUCUCGUGCCACCAGUUCGCCGUGUCCUUCCUGUUUCUUAGCGGUGUCCUGUGGCCGCUGCAAGCCAUGCACUGGUCGCUGCGGUCGCUGGCCCGCGUCCUGCCGUGGUCCCACUGCAUGGAGGCCGCGCGGGCGGUGGUGCAGCGAGGCUGGGGCCUCCAGCACCGGCAGGUGUGGCUGGGCUUCGGCAGCUGCGCCAUCUGGGCCGGCCUGUUUCUGGGAGGACUCGUCCUGACGCACCGAACCCGCCGCAGGUGACACCUUUCAUUCGUACCUCUCUCCCUCUCGUCAUAUUCAUUGACCAGGUUGUUUGGGUGUGUCUAAAAAAAACAUAAUUACUCAAGACGCAGCGAGGUUUUGUUAGAAUUUAUUUAUGGCCUUUGUUCUAUGUACAAUAAAAAUAUUUAUGCGCAAAGCUGCA